AUGCGGCCGCUCGGCGAGUGCUUGAACAAUGUGCGACCCAACGCUGCCCGAAGCGCCGGUCACGACCACCACGGCUCCGGCACGGGGGCGGGUGCCAAUAGUGCCGUUCGCCGCAUCCUCAAGACAGGUGAAUUCCUCACCAAGUCCCGACGUUUGGUGGUGACGUCCGGGACGAUACCGGACGCGCCUCCGGUGUGGCCGAUUGUGACCCUUGGCCGAGCCGAUGGGCAGAACGGUAUCGCGCAGAGGACCAGCCACGGCGUUGCGUAUGCUCUCCCACUCUACAGAGUUUCCGACGGGCGUGCCAGUGCCAUGACACUUGGCCAGCGAAAUGUCGCGCGAGUCUACGCGAGCUUUGCAGAUGGCGUGAUGGAAGAGUGUCGACAGCGAAGACACCGCGCGCCGGGUGCUGCCAAGGGUGCUAUGGCGGCGGUCGGUUUGGGUGUUAAUGCGGUGCGGUCCUACUUCGACAUGCUAACCGAGGGGAAUGGCAAAGCCGUUGUUGCAUGCGUCAACAGCCCCCAGAGCGCCACCAUCUCUGGUGAUGCCGACGCCGUUCGAGAGAUGGAGGACUUGUGCAAGCAAAAUGGCGUGUUCGCUCGUCGUCUCGGGGUUCAACAGGCAUACCACUCACACCAUAUGGAUCCUUUCGCUGAUGCCUAUCGAGAGCGCCUUCGAGUCGAAAUGGCGCAAGUUGUGGUUCAAGGUGGUUUAACCCGCUGGCUCUCGCAUACAUCAUGA